CCUCACGAAAUAUUUGAAUUCACACAAAAAUCCAAAAACAGAAAAACAAAGAUUAAAAAAAAAACAUACUACGAAAAUUAGUUCAAGACAUUUUUCGAUUCACAGACGAAGAACUCGUCCCCCGUAAUUCCCUUCAACUCCGGCCUCCCCAAUGGAAGGACCCGGUUUGGAACCGGAUUCCGAAUCCGAGUCCGACCCGUUUCCGUUUCCGCUUCCUUCUUCAGUCAAUCUCGCGCCAUUUUCGCCGGUUCCGCCGCCGUCGGCUCGCCGUCUUUCCAGUCACUUCACCCGACCUCACCGGCCUGUGGAAUCGGCUCACCGACGGAAAUUGGCAUACAUCUCUCUCCAUGGAGUGCUCGUCAAUGCUGAUGAGGCGAGUUCGUCGAGGUCCAUCGGCGGCGGAUUGAGCUCAGAGGUGGCUGUGGCGUGGGAGCUGUUUACUCCGAUCCAGAGGUUCCUGAUUGUGGCGGUGGUCGGCGUCGCCGUCGCUGAAUCAAAGAAGAAUCGGGCCAUUCGAAAGCUCCAGAAAUCGGUGGAUCUUAGGGAUCAGUUGCUUUCGGACAUGCAGCAGAAACUCGAUGAUCUGUGUGAGCAGCUAAAUCUUAUCAAGCAUCAUUCAGGAACUGGGCCAAAAGCCUCGGAUGACGAUAAUCUACAACGGACUCUGAAAGAAACUUUUGGAUCCCAGAACAUAAAAUUCAUUGAUUGUGGCUGUUGGCUGUGCGAUCAACACCAUCACUUGUUACCAUCUUCAUGGGAUAAACCUCUCUCAAAGGCUUCGACCGGCUAUGAGAUGCAUAAUGAGACGACAAAUCUCGUGAAUGAUACUGAGCCAGAGGAAAGGCGUAUGUCUGACUUGUCUGAUUGGGGUUCAUCAAGUGUCACAUCUGCUGCAGAGAUCCAUUUCAAUAAUCUUUCACUAAAUGAAGACAUGCUUUAUCUCAGAAAGGAGUGCCAGGAGAAAGAUGCAACAAUAAAGGAGCUUGCAACGUCUCUUCAGUCAAGCAACAAGGCUGGUUCUAAGAGAGUAUCAGAGCUUGAAGACAUAAUACGCAGGAAGAAUACGAUAAUAACACGGCUCAAGAAGGAUAUGCUUGUGUUAGAGCAAAAGGUCACACAGCUAACCAGACUUCAAAGAUCUUCCUCAGCUGCAACCCGGAAUUCUCGUGAUCUUCCAAUCAUGAGGGAGAAUCUACUUUACGAUAUGGAUGUUUCUACAAGCGCUUCAUCCUCUGAUUCAGAAACUCCUGUGACCUCACCUCAUCUAACUACUCCGAAGAUCCCAAUAGAUCCUAUCGAGGAGGUUCACUCCAAUCUAGAACAAUCCCAUAAAUCCAUGUCUGCUAAAUGCCCGGCUUCCCUUGUGAAUUCCGUCAAGACACCAUCGGUCAGUCCUCUUCAAGAAGUAUCGACCAAUCAGAAGCUUGUCUCGGUUUCUUCUUCUUCAAGGCUACGAAGGGCUUCGUCUUCUGAAGCUCCAAAGAAACUUACAAGGGCAGUUCAGAUCACCUCCAGAGAUUCCUCCGGUUCACGGAAGAGAUGGAUUUAGUACGGAAACUUAGGAGAUGCUUUCAGCUCUGAUGUUGCCCGAGACCACAUGCUUUUCGGGUACUAAAUCUAUAUACAUCCAUAAUGUAUGUAGCUCAAAUGGUAAAUCUUGUGUUAUGUUAGUCUAUCAUGUGUAUUAAUUUCUGAAAACGAUCUUUCGGGUAUGUAGAAUUUCGUAAACUUUUUUUUUUCCUGAAAUCUGUAUUGGAGAAUCCGAUAUGAUUCUGAUUAUAAUCUGUCCAGAAUAGUAACAAAAGUUUGGCCA